AUGCCGCCAAAGCGAGCAUGCGACAUAUGCUAUCGUAGGAAGAUCCAAUGUCUGAUCCCUGCAGAGGGCUCACCAUGCGACUGGUGCAGUCAUCAUGAUUCCGACUGUACCUUUCAUCGAGAUGCGCCGCGGCGGAAGAAGAAACACAAAGUGACAUUGGGCGACGUGCAAGGCCUCAACGAUCGCAUACAGCAACUUGAGGAUGCGUUAGCCCAGGCAAAUGCGCAGCAACAAACUCAACACGACAGUGUCAGUCAACCAACUCCGGCAAUAUCCGUGUCCGAGGGAAGUUCCAACCCAGCAUCCGUACAGAGUCCACCCCCAACAACCAUUGGGAACUCAAUCGCUUUCUCCGAACACUCCCUAUCCCCUCUAGUCUUCUCCCAAACCCCCGGCAGUGCCAAUGACACAUCAGCAACAACAGAUGGGUCCUGGCCUGGCAACUACAUCGGCCCCAACUGGUUCUUCAGAGGCAUUCACGCCUUUUCGGAGAACGGCCGCCGAUGGAUCUCGUCCAAGACUGGUCAAGCCAUCGACUGGAGUAAACUUCGGAUAUUCACCACGGAGCUCUCGCCUUUCUCGAGUAAAUAUACAUGGGCAUCACCAGGACAGCCCCCUCUUCUCAGCGACAUCUACUGCGACCUCACCAUCCCAGACGACUAUCUGAGCUCUUAUACGCACUUACGCGGUCUGGACGAGUACCAUCCUUCUCCAGAUGAGUCGAUAACUAUGGAUCUCACACCACAUUUCUGGGGAGACGCUCAGCUAGGGUAUCUAAAGGAGAAAGUAUACCGCCUCCUCUACUCGGUCCAGGCCCUCAAAGACAAAGAAAACCAACUCCUCAUACACAUCCGUCAGCUCGAUGACGAAAUCGAAUGCUGGCGGUUGCUUCUGAUGUUUUACGCGACCAAUGCAGCAAUUUCGCUGUUUCUCAACAUGAUUAUACAUCCGGAAGAUUCAGAUGGCCAACUUGACCUCGAGCUUCUCAUCUCGGCCGCCAACGCGAUCCGCACCGCCAUUCCAAGCGCGUCAACGCAUGAUGAAAGUACACGCAUCCAACGGACGUCCGAUUUCAUCAUGUGGCUUACGUGGCUUGGAUCUUGUGCUAUUACCAAGUCAAAGGAAGAGGGCUUACAGCACCAGUUGUAG